CCCCCCGCAAGCUUCGGGGUUUGGUAAACACAGAAUAACCGAGAUUUUCAGUUUUCGAAUAGGAUACGGUCUUUGAUAGUGACAAGUCUGGGCUUGCAUCUUGUCCCGAGACAAGUCCGAAAAUGGCCUCACAGUCGAUUUGUGUCCAUAAUCAAACCAUUCUGGUGAAGUGACAAGUAUAUAAAGAAGGAAAGAUUCUAUAGCUCAUGGGAAGUUUGGAGAUUACUGUUCUCAGCUUCGAAAUCAGAAUAUCAGACAAAGAUCCUAUCGUUGAGAUUUAGAAAACCGAGUCUCUCAUCAAUAUAUUCAAGAUGUCCAUCACCAAGUACAAGGCAGCUGCUGUAACCUCGGAGCCGGGAUGGUUCGAUCUCGAAGCUGGCGUUCAGAAGACAAUCAAUUUCAUCAAUGAGGCCGGCCAAGCGGGAGCCAAGCUUGUUGCCUUUCCCGAAGUCUGGAUCCCCGGCUACCCGUACUGGAUGUGGAAAGUCAACUACCUGCAGAGCCUCCCAAUGCUCAAGGCCUACCGAGAAAACUCUCUCAAGGUUGACUCGGACGAGAUGCGCCGCAUCCGGCGUGCGGCCCGCGACAACAACAUAUAUGUCUCACUGGGUUUCUCUGAGAUCGAUCACGCAACCCUGUACCUGGCGCAGGUGCUGAUAGGGCCGGACGGCGUGGUUCUCAACCACCGGCGCAAGAUCAAGCCAACGCAUGUCGAGAAGCUAGUGUAUGGCGAUGGCUCCGGUGAUAGCUUCAUGCCCGUUACACAAACAACACUCGGUCGUGUCGGUCAGCUCAACUGCUGGGAGAACAUGAAUCCGUUCCUCAAGUCGCUGAGCGUGGCGUCGGGCGUGCAGGUCCAUGUCGCAGCGUGGCCUGUAUAUCCUGGUGUCGAGCGUCAAGUUGCACCGGACCCAGCGACCAACUAUGCCGAUACGGCCUCCGAUCUUGUGACACCGGCAUUUGCCAUCGAGACGGGAUCAUGGGUGCUGGCUCCAUUCCAGCGUCUCAGCGUCGAGGGACUUAAGAAGACUACGCCGGAGGGAGUCGAGCCCGAGACGGAUCCGACGCCGUACAACGGUCAUGCGCGCAUCUACAAGCCCGACGGCAGCCUGGCGGUGCCCAAACCCGAUAAAGACUUUGAUGGUCUGAUGUUUGUCGACAUUGACCUGAACGAGACUCAUUUGACCAAAGUCAUUGCCGACUUUGCUGGCCAUUACAUGAGGAGCGAUCUGAUUCGUCUGCUCGUCGACACCCGUCGCAAAGAGCUCAUUACUGAAGCGGAUCCACAGGGAGGGAUCAAGUCUUAUAGCACUAGGACUCGAUUGGGUCUGGACAAGGCUUUGGAUGACGACGUUGAGGAAGACACGGAGCGGACCGUUUGAGUGGGAAGAAAAAGAAAGAAAGAGAGAGUGCAAGCGUUGCCUUCCGUGUGAAAUUUUGUUUCUUGAUCUCUACCAAAUUAAAUCUCCCCUCAUUACCUUACCUACGUUAAAAAUUCUCCAUACGUUGGUUGAUUGAUUCCAGCCGCCGCUUCCCCAUACCCCUCAACUCAGCACCGUCAUGCCAAAAAAAGAGGCGGGACUAACGAACACCUUUUUACUUUUAACCCGCAACUAGCCCCACCCAAUACCAGCAUUGUGAACAUAACAAAAAUUAUUUUCGAUUUCUACGGCUAUACGCGUAAUUUAACGUAAGUUUAUAUGUGGUAAUUCCGGUGUUAAAACGCAGGGCCCAGUUAAACCGGUCGGCCGACCAUGUAGAAUUUUACCAAAUAAAUUAAAUUGCGUAAUUGUUUUAAUUUUGACUUUUAUUGUACUUUUUAAUAUAGUCAUGUUUACAGACGA